AUGAACAUUAAUCAUUCAAAUGAAAAUAAUAAUAGCAACAGUAGCAAUGGUAAUAAUAGUAAUAGUUCAAAAGAAUCGCCAAUUUUAGCAUUGAAUAGGUUAUUAAAACAAGAAAAUAUUGAAAUUGGAAAUAUUCCAACCGGUUCCAAAACAUCAAGAAGAGAAAGUGAUACUAAAUUGAAUAAAUCUAGUGGUUCAGAUUGUUUUAAACCAAUAAUUUCUUCUUCAAAUUCAAUUUCCGAUAAUUCUUUAAUAUCAUCACCUCGAAAUAAUAAUAAUAAUAUAAACGAAAAUAAUAAUAUUAAUAUUAUAAAAAAUAAUACUAUUAACAUAAAUAAUAACAAUAAAAAUAAUAAUAUUAUUAACGAUAAUAAUAUUAAUAAUAAAAGUACGAAUACGAAUAAAAAUAAUAAUUAUAAUAAUCAUAAUUAUAAUAAUAAUAAUAUAAAUAAUAGCAUUAAUAAUAAUAUAAAUAAUAAUAACAACAAUAAUAAAAAUAAUAAUAAAAAUAAUGAUACACCGUCACCAAUUAGAAGACUAAGAAAAGGAAGUCUUCCAUUACCAUCUCUAGAUCCAGAGAAUGAUAAUAAAAACAUUUUUAAAAAUGCAGAGGCAAAUCCUUCAAAAAAGGAAUUGGAGCAUCAUAAUCCAGAUUGUAAUUUCGAAUAG